GUUUCAUCUGCCUCAUUAGUUUGAGCAACAAUGGCAGCAAUGUUGACUGUUGAGUUUCAAAACUGCUUGAUCUUUAUCCUCCUCUGCAUCCUUUUACUCCUAUGUUACCCUCUCUUUUUCAAGAAACCAAAGGUCUCACAAGAUGGAUUUGGUUUGCCUCCAAGCCCUCUAUCUCUGCCAAUCAUUGGUCAUCUUCACCUGCUUUUCUCUAAUCUAACUCACAAGUCCUUACAGAAACUCUCCUCCAAGUAUGGACCUCUCCUCUAUCUCCGCAUCUUCAAUGUCCCGAUAAUCUUUGUUUCCUCGGCCUCAGUGGCAUAUGAGAUCUUCAGGGGACAUGAUGUGAACAUCUCUUUUCGAGGGAACCCUCCUAUCGAGGAGUCCCUUUUGGUCGGAUCUUUUGGAUUUUUCACCGCUCCUUAUGGAGACUAUUGGAAAUUCAUGAAGAAGGUCAUGGUCACGAAACUGCUCGGACCGCAGGCACUACAAAGGUCUCGAGGCAUCCGUGCAGAUGCGCUAGAACGGUUUUACAUGAACCUGCUUGAUAAGGCGAUGAAGAAGGAAAGUGUUGAGAUUGGUAAGGAAACAAUGAAGCUCAUUUACGACAGCAUCUGCAAGAUGAUUAUGGGGAGGAAUUUUUCUGAGGAGAAUGGUGAGGCGGAGAGAGUCAGAGGCUUGGUGACCGAAUCGACUGCCUUGACGAAGAAGAUUUUUAUGGCAAACGUGUUGCACAAGCCCCUUAAGAAGCUCGGAAUCUCAUUGUUCAAAAAGGAGAUAAUGGAUGUUUCCAACAGUUUCGAUGAACUGCUAGAAAGAUUUCUUGUGGAACACGAAGAGAAACUUAACGAAGAUCAAGAUAUGGACAUGAUGGGCGUGUUGUUGGCAGCUUGCCGAGACAAAAAUGCAGAGUGUAAAAUCACUAGGAACCACAUUAAGUCGUUGUUCGUGGAUCUUGUUGUUGCAGGCACCGACACUUCGAGACAUGCAACACAGUGGACAAUGGCAGAGAUAAUUAACAAGCCUAAGGUUCUUGAAAAGGUAAGAGAAGAAAUUUAUUCAGUUGUAGGAAGAACAAGGUUGGUUCAAGAAACAGAUUUACCGAGCCUACCUUAUUUGCAAGCUACUGUCAAGGAAGGACUGAGAUUGCACCCUCCCGGGCCUCUCUUUGCAAGGACAGCCCGAGAAGGGUUUAGUGUCGGAGGAUUUUAUGUACCAGAGAACACACCACUUGUUGUUAAUGCUUAUGCUAUGAUGAGAGAUCCUGGUUCUUGGGAAGAUCCCAAUGAGUUUAAGCCAGAGAGGUUUCUAGGUUCAGGAAAAGAAGACGAGAGAGAGCACGGACUUAAGUACAUUCCUUUUGGUAGCGGAAGGAGAGGCUGUCCUGGAAUAAAUCUAGCUUACAUUCUUGUUGGAACCGCGAUUGGAGUGAUGGUACAGUGCUUUGACUGGAAAAUCAAAGGAAAUAAGGUUAACAUGGAAGAAGCUCGUGGAUCACUGGUAUUAACCAUGGCUCAUCCACUUAAGUGCAUUCCGGUUGCUCGAACCCAGAUUCCCAGUUGCUAACACUAAGCUCGGGAAACGUAAACCAAGUAGUUUGCUUUCUUCUGUUAGUCAUGUUUAUCGUAUCUUUUAAUCUGCAGAGUCCGAUUUGGUGACUUAUUGUUAUCUGGAAG